CGCGUUUUGCUCGUGGUUUUCAUCAUUCCACACGCACGAUGGCUUACUUGUCGCAGGUGUGGGCGCAAAGCCGUGCCGGUGGGUUUGUCACUGCGCAAACAACCCUGACCCCCUUCGCGUCCUGCGAAGCCACGUCCAAGCUUGGUGUGCACUACCUGUGCGGCAACCAGCCAACCGCAGAGGAUCGAAAGUUUGAGUGGCGCGAUGGAAAGCCGUACUCCUUCAACAUCAACCUGUGGAACACAGACGAACCCAACAACUACGACUUUUUCACCCGCGUGUUCUACCUCAUCUCAGAGGACUGCAUCGACUUUCGCUUCGUCAAUGAGAAGAACAAGUACCUGCUCAACGACACGCCGUGCUCGGAGCUGUGGAAAGGCUUCUGGAACUCCAACGCCCGUGGCGUCGAAGCCUCGGCUGGCUCAUACGUGUGCAAGCGACCAACCCCAACGUCCCCCUGCCAUGGUGGUUCAUGCAGCAGUGGCGAUAAGUGCUAUGAGCAUUCUGAGCAGGCGCUCUGCUUCUGGGACUGUGACACCGACAAAUCUGCCUCUGCGUCCAUCCCUUCCUCCAUGGGUGCCAUCAUUGGCGGUGCCGCUGGUGCACUGUUCAUCUGCAUCGUCGUCAUCGUCGUGCUGCUGGUCCGACGCAAGCGCGACAAGCGGCCGGCACCCUUUGAUUCGGAGACACCCGUCUUCCACCGCCAGACGUACCACAACCCCAUCUACUCGCCGGAUGCAGUGAACGACACGAGGCAUUCCAUGAGUGGCGUGCCAUCGCCACGCGUGCCCGCGCCUUAUGCCGGUCGCACGGAGCGAAGCGGCAGCGGCAGCAGGGCGAAGUUGGGCCGUUCCAGCACCCGCGACUACCUCAACCCGCUCGGGAGUGGCAACGGCUACGACAACCUCACCGUGGAUAUGGAGGAGGGCGAGUACGACACGGCGCGUGGUGACGCAGGAUUCGCAGAUAACCCGCACUAUGCGCAGCCGCACGUGUUCGAUGGCACUUAUGCGAUGGUUGGGGACGGCGGCGACACCGACGGCACCAGUGCCACCACCCCUGGCUAUGAGGAGCCCCACGCAGCAUACCUCCAGCCGGCGCUGUAUGGUGCCGUGACAUCAGACGGCCUUGAUCGAGAUGCACUCAACGCGCAACAGCAGCAGCAGCAGCAGGAGCGGCGUCAACGAAGCAGCAAGUCUGGGCCCCGUCGCAACCCGCGAGAGGAUGAUGCUGGCGUGUACUACGAGCCCACGUUUGAUGUUGAUGACGCCCACGCGUCUGUUCCGGGUUUCGUUCGCCGCCUCCGCAAUAGCGGUCGGCGUCGCAGCCGCAAGCACAAGCUGCACACGCCAUACCUGGAGCCAAGCGUGCAGCCGCAGCAAGGGGCGAAGAAACGUGAUGCUGCGCGUGGGUACAUGCAGGUGGCCUCCUCGUCGGGCAAAAUGCCCUUUGCCAUUCCAGCUGACGAGGAUGAGGAGGCCGACGCCAGCGGGUAUGCUGUGCCGUCUGUGAUUCAGUCCCAGCGCAAUGCGGGCCCUUCCUCCGGUUACAUCAUGCCUGCGCUCGGUGCCAGCAGCACGGACACGGAUGAUACGCACGUGUACUCCAUGGCGGUGGCGGGCAUCGACGGCACCGCGUAUGCCGAUGACGAUGAUGAUGCUGACAAUGGAGCAUAUGCGCGUGUGGGUGGCGGCGAGGACGACGAUCCCAUCACGCCCGGCACGAGCGGUUACGCGGAGGGCCCUGCAGAGCCGCUGUACGUGUCGCCGCCCACAACUUACGCAGACAUCUACAGCAUGAUGGCGCAGCUGACCAAGGAGGUGCCCGCGGCGUGUGUUGAGCUGGAGGGGGUGCUUGGUAGCGGCAACUUUGGUGUCGUGCGCCAGGGCAAACUGCUUUCCGACAGCAGGGCCAGGGCGAAGAGCAGCCGCAACAGCAAGCGCCAGGCACAGGCAGUUGCUGUGAAGAUGCUGGCGGACAACACGGACGCUGCCUCGCGAGUGUGUUUUCUGCAGGAAGCGGCGAUCCAGGCGCAGUUCCACCACCAGAACGUGGUUGAGCUUGUGGGCAUGGUGAUCCAGUCCCGUCCCAUGAUGAUUCUGCUUGAGGUGUGCGAGCAAGGGGCGCUGAAGACGCUGCUGCGUCGCAGCCGCCGCCCGCGCAAGUGGAAGAUGAACGCAGCCUACGACGUGUCUAAGGGGUGCGCGUACUUGCAGAGCAGAGGGUUUGUGCACCGCGACCUUGCAACGCGCAACGUCCUCGUUGCGAAGAACGGCACGUGCAAGAUUGCCGACUUUGGGCUUGCGCGUGAGAUGCUUGGCAGCAACAGCGACUACUACCGCAGUUCUGGCGGGAAAAUCCCGUUUCGCUGGACGGCGCCCGAAGCGCUGUUUUACCGCAAGUUCUCCACCGCAUCCGAUGUCUGGGCCUUUGCCUGCGUCCUACACGAGGUGUUUCAUGAUGGGGAGCAGCCAUAUGUGACCAUGACAAAUGACCAGAUUCUCGAUUUUCUUGAGGAGGGUCGCCGUCUUGGGCCAGGCGAUGACUGCCCACUGGAAGUGUACCGCUUGCAGAUGCGGUGCUGGCACCCAUCACCAGAGUCCAGGCCAGACUUCUUCGACAUCUCCCAGCUGCUGAGCGUGUGGGUUGCACACACUGACACGCUCAAGGAAUGCAACGCAUCAACGGAGGAGCUGCAGAACAUGUACGCCAACCUGCCGCUUGACACCGGCGUUGCCAAGGAUCUCUACGGCACGCUAGUUGGUGCCCUGCAGGACGAUGGCGACGACUACGCCUACGGGUUUGGAUGCACCACGACAGACGACGCUGAUGCUGAUGUCGGUGCUGGUGUCGACGCCUCCACGGGUGUUGCGGUGGCCAAGGCGAACCCGCAACUUCAACAGCAACAGCAACAGCAACAGCAGCAGCAACAAGCCCACUCAGCUUCAAUGGCGCCGCCACCAUCGUCGUCUCCACCAUCGUCAUCCAAGGCUGCUGCUGACACACCUACCUUCAACACCACCCCCACCAGUACCACUGACACCACCCCCACCUCCUCCUCGUCGACCUCGGAUGUGGAUCCCCCAUACAUGUUUGGCAUGAUUUCCCGCCGGCGCGCGGAGGCGGUCCUACGCGCGCAGCGGAAAGAAGGGGUGAAGAAGCCGUUUCUGGUGCGACAGAAGGACGCGCGCACAUACGCCAUCUCCAUUGGGCUGCGCAACAAGUUUGUCCAUCAUCUCCUGCAUUGCGGCAACCGCGUGUGGACGUUCAACAACAACGCCGUCCCUGUGCAAGGGUCGCUGCGGGAUGUGAUUGAGUGGCUGUGCGAGCGCCACCCAGAGCACGGCUGGGACGUGACUCUGGGCCAGCCGCUUGACCGCCGCGCCAUCAACAUGAACGCACACCCGGAGACAUGAUGUCAAAAGAAGAAAAGAGACUGGAGGAGGAAGGUCUUUGGCGGCAGUUUGCAUUGCGCGCUCCAACGAGCUGCUGA